AUGUCCGCUUCGAUCAAGCAAUGGACCUCCAAUCUCAGCGGCCUGGACGGCCUCAAGCUGUCCGAGGCCCCCAUCCCGGCCCCGGACAAAGGCGAAGUCCUCGUUGAGAUCCAAGCGGUGUCACUGAACUACCGCGAUUACGAGGGUACGUCUGUCCAUUCCAAGAAAAAAAAAGAAAGAAACAGAAACUCAUACAAUAUAGUAUGCAUCGGCGAAUACAACCACCACAAAUCCGUCGGCCAGACCCAAUCCGUCGUCCCGUGCUCCGACAUGUGCGGUGUGAUCACCCAGGUCGGCGACGGCGUCACCGCAUACAAACCCGGCGACCGCGUGCUCUCGACCUUCCUCCCCGAACAUCAGACUGGCCAGGUGACGGAAAAGGAGCUCGCCCAGGGCAUGGGACACCCGCUCCCGGGGGUAUUGACGACACACCGCGUGUUCCCCGUGCACGCCCUGGUCCGGGCGCCCGCCUACAUGACCGCCGAGGAGGCCUGCACGCUGCCCAUUGCCAGCGUCACGGCCUGGAUGUCCAUCAACGGCAUGCGGCCCAUGGGCCAGCCCGGCGGCCAGGGCGAGUAUGUCCUGCUGCUGGGGACGGGGGGCGUCGCCAUUGCCGGAUUGCAGAUUGCAAAGGCGUCCGGCGCGAAGGCGAUCAUCACCUCGUCCUCUGAUGCCAAGCUGGAGCAGGCCAAGGCCCUCGGCGCCGACUAUGUUAUCAACUAUCGCACCCAGCCCAACUGGGAAGAAGACGUCAUGCGCGUGACGGACAACCACGGCGCCGAUAUCAUCCUCGAGACGGGCGGCGCGCAGACCCUGCGCAAGAGCUUCGAGUGCAUCGCGUUUGGCGGCCUCAUCGACUGCAUCGGGUAUCUAUCCGGGAAGAUGGAUGCGCCGGGCGACCGGCUGAACGUGAAUCUGUUGGCGCUGCGGCGGAAUGUGACGCUGAAGGGCAUCAUCAACGGCCCGCGCGAUCGGUUCGAGGAGAUGGUGGCGUUCUACGAGAAGCAUCAGAUCCACCCGGUCGUGAACAAGGUCUUUGCAUUCGGUGAGGCCGACCAGGCGUUCAAGUUCCUGGCCAGUGGCAGUCACUUUGGAAAGGUCGUGAUCAAGGUGGCCCAGUAG